UAUGGAAAUGUACCAAUUUCACAACGCAGUAGGAUACUGAAUAAGCCGCUCAUGUAACCACAUUUCACCAUCGUAACAAAAUUUGAAUCUCGCUCGUAAUCAAUUCCAAUAAACGCAGAUUUUGGAGCAACAGUUUCGUAUGAGUGAUGAACAUCACGCUUCCUUCCGCCCCAAUUCCAAGUACCACCGGUGCCACACAUGAUGCAAGUCAACAACCUCUAAUUGGCUACGCUAAUAUCCCAUCCGGUGCAUCCUUGGACCGUGCGCCAUUCAACCAAUCAACAACAAAAAAUGAUGCCAUUCCUAUAUGCACGCUACCUACAUAUCUACCGGUAACUGGUAAGUCCAGAGUUAUGCAAAGAAAACGAAAGUGUUACCGUGAACGGCUACGACAGAACGGAAGUGCUAAUUGCUGUUGAACGGUACACCACCGCCAUCGGUGCGCGCGUCCGCGCGUAGGUCGUCGUCAUAGUCGGAUGUCCGAGGUGCCCGCCCGUACAUUGCCUAAGACUGUUCAGACGAAAAUAACAUCACGACGUAAACAUAUGGGGUUGGAUGAUAAAGUCCGUUUCCGCUUGGCUGCGAUUAAGUAAUACCACCGUUCACGAAAUCGGGACAGUUUGUCGAGUGUUGAAAAACUCGACCCAUGGAUUACGAUAGUGACGAAGAGGAUUGUUUAUUUGCGCCGUUGAUUAGCACGUAGCGGGAAGAGGAAGAAAAAUGGGAUUGUAGUUCAACGUGCUACUAGCGGCGAAUCGUCCGAUGCUUCAGUUCAACAUUAUCUAGCCCGAGAUGACCACCUACGGAAAGUUGUUUGCUGCAUUGAUUACCUUCACUUUGAUUUCCGCGAAGAUCGGAGAUGCAUCCAAUAUCACAACGAAUGCAAACCAACUGGAAAAGUUCGAAGGCAGGUUGCAGACCGCCAAUUCCUACUGGUACAACGAUGUAUAUUACUGGUGGCCAUGGUUCUCCGAUCUGGCGACGGUGAUCAUGAUCAAGCUCAAAAUCGCCAUUGGUUUGGCAGCAAUCUACGCGUUCGGUGAUGGAUACUAUUGGUCCAAAAGUAAGGAAGCAGUCCACGAUAAGGUUCUUCCAGGUUAUCUAGAGGAGAAGUACAACUGGGGCUGUAACGAUCCGAAGCCUUGGUACAAAUUUUGGGGUCGACGUAAGCGGGAUCUGAGCGGAAACGACGAACACAUAGCGCACGAUCAGAGCUAUGCAGAGUUUGUGUUCGAUUUGUUGGAUGUGGAAAAUGUGGACUGUCGACGGUUGGCCGUUUGCGAAAUGGAAUUUGAGGCAACGUCGGAGGAAAAGGUGAAGAGCGCCUUGAAGUUCAAGCAUGAUUUGUUCCGGAAAUAUCGGGGGACCGUACCGAAGCGGAAGAGCGAUUGUCGGAGGAUAUACAGCAAAUGCCGGUCACGGACAGACGAAGAGCUAAGUGAUACAGCGGAAGAUGACAGCCAAACGUUUCCAAAGGACCCUAAACGAUAACUAAGUUUUUGGGGUUUAGAAUUAGUUAUGAUAUUAUUAUUCUAUUAUAACUUAUUAAUGAUUGUAAAUAUUUGUUUUGUUUAAUUUAUUUCCUGAAUAUAUUUAUUUUAAACCAUCAUUGAAAAAUUUUAUGAUUUUUGCGUAAA